AUGUCGAAAGCAGCAGCGUCAAUGUUCCGGCCCAAGAAGCUGGACCUCUCUGGCUUCGUCAAUACCCGCCUGAUCCGUGAUCACAACAAGCGCAAUGCCUUCGAACAGAUGGAGCCCGAACGGCAAGCGCUCCGCUACCUGAUCCGCAACACUACCCUCCCCCAGCGUGUCCGCGCCCAGGCCCAGCUCCAGCUGUCGCAGAUGCACGUCUACACUCGCCCGACACAGAUCAAGAACCGUUGUGUGGCUUCAGGAACUGCUCGCAGUGUUUUCCGCGAUUUCAGACUCAACCGAGUGCGUACAGAGCCUUUGAUGGUGCCAUCGGACUGA